CACCCCCAGCUCUCACAGCCUGGCUCCAGAGCAGAGGGCUCCAGCCCUUCGGAGCAUCUCCACGGCCACCUCUGGACUCAUUCCAGCAUCUCCACAGCCCUCCAGUGCUGCAGAGCCAGAGCUGGACGCAGUUCUGCAGGUGGGCUCUAGCACAUGCCAGGUCGGGAAUUGCGGCUGGUGGAGCCGGGAGCGGCUUCGUGUGGCAGGUGCUGAGCCUCGGACACAGCGCGGGCAGCAAAGCGGCUUGUGAGAAUGCUCGGGAUGCGGGGAGGUGGCGUGAGCUGCCCAUCUCUAGGGACCCCGACCCUGUCUGUUGGCCUGGAAGGGAGGACGUAGUGCUGGGACAGCGUCUGCGUGUCACAGUGGGGGUCUCCGUGUGUCUGUCCCGGGGGGGCCUCUCGGUCCGUCAGUCCCAGGCACGGCUCUUGUCCGUCUGUCCCGCUGCGGGGCUGGGAACACGGGGGACCCGGGGGAAUGGCAGGCUGCUGGAGGGACUGGCGAGCGGUUUUGGGGACAGUGGGUCAGCGGGGAGCAGCCGCCAGCCAUGGAGAGGGAGAAGGGAGCAGCGCCGGGCCGGGGGUUGGGGAUGGGCGGUGGAGACAGGGACCGAAGAGGCACUGAGUCGCGGGCGAUCGGGGGCAAGUCCCGCUGUCCACCGGACACAGCUGCAGCGCAGCCCGGCCCCGGCCGAGAGAGGCGUGGCGCCCGGGCCAGGCAGCGCGGACGCUCCUCCCGCCGCCGGCCCCGGAAUCGCAGGGCCCGGAUAUCCGAGCAGGGCCGCUGCUGCUCGGUGCGGCCGGGCCAUGGCGGCCCUGCGGGCGGACCCCGAGCUGGCCCGGCAACUCUUCUUCGAGGGUGCGGCCGUGGUGGUGCUGGACGUGCCCGAGGGCACUGAGUUCGGCAUCGACUACAGCGCGUGGGCCGUGGGGCCGCGGUUCCGCGGCGUGAAGAUGGUACCGCCGGGGCUGCACUUCGUGUACUGCAGCGCGGCCGGCGCCGGCGGGCGGGACGCGGGGCCGCGCUCCGGCCGCUUCCUCGGCCUGCGGCGCCGCGAGGUGCGGGUGCUGCGCUGGGACCCCGCGGGCGAGACCGUGCGGCCCGAGCCGCCCGAGCAGGGCGAGGCGCUGCGGGACAGCCUGCCGGAGCUGGACCCCUUCCUAGGGCCCUACCCCUACGAGACGCUGAAGAAGUGGGUGUCGCUGAGCAACUUCAUCAGCGAGGCGGCGGCCGAGGAGCUGCAGCCCGAGAGCGGCCAGAUCUGCGCCUUCGCCGAGGUGCUGCCCGAGGCGGCGGGGCGGCACACGCGGGACCGCGCCGGGCAGCGCCGGCCGCCGCUGGGCGCCGAGUGCCGCAGCUACGCCGAGGGCCUGGCCCGGCUGCCCCGCAUGCGGCCGCGGCCCGGCACCCAGAUCCGCUUCUCCGAGCUGCCCCGGCAGGCCUUCCCCGACGGAGCCACCCCCGAGGAGAUCACCCGGCACAGCAUGGACCUGAGCUACGCCCUACAGCGGGUGAUGGAGCAGCGCUACCCCGGCCGGCCGCUGGGCCUACUCGCUGAGUUGCAGUUUGCCUUCAUCUGCUUUCUGAUUGGGAACGUGUAUGAUGCCUUUGAGCACUGGAAAAGGCUCCUGAACAUCCUGUGCCGGUCAGAGGAGGCCAUAGGGAAGUACCAAGACCUUUACAUCAACCUAAUUUCUGUGCUCUAUCACCAGCUCAACGAGAUCCCAGCAGAUUUUUUUGUGGACAUUGUCUCCCAGGACAACUUCUUAACUAGCACAUUACAGGUGCUGUUCUCCUGCACGUGCAGCUCUGCUGUGGAUGAGGCUCUGAGGAAAAAGGCUGAGAAGUUCAAGGCUCACCUGACAAAGAAAUUCAGAUGGGACUUUGAGGCAGAGCCUGACGACUGUGCCCCUGUGGUGGUUGAGCUGCCUGAGGAUGUGCAGGUGGACUGAUCCAAAGGCCCCCUUAGGGGAAAAAAGCUUCUAAAAUGACCUUUUCCUUCUCUUCUCCAGCCUUGCAGCUUCUUAAAGGCUGAGUCUGAACUGGUCCUGUUUCCGCUGGAGAAGCAGAUGGGGGAAACCCAGGAGGAUGCUGCGCUUUGUGAGGAGCCCAGAGGUGUUGGAGGAGUUUGAGUAUUGCUAUGUGGCAGCUUUGGACACCUUGGGGUUUUCCCAGCCCUUCUGCAGCAUCUCCUCCUGGAACACAAACCACAAAGUCACAGAAUCAUUAAAGUUCCGAAAGACCUUUUGAUAUCAUGGAGUUCAACUCUAAACCUGACAGUGCCACGAUCCUCCUACACUCAGCUGCCCUCUCAUCCUUGCUUCCCUCCACUGCCUGGGGAGCACUUGUGGUUUAGGGGUGUGUCUUGGUUUGAAAAGCUAGCCAUCUGCUAAGGAAGGCAGGAGCCUCCCUUGAAAUGGAAAAUGCAAACCCCCUGCCUCCAAAUUAUUAUAAUUUUGAAAUUAAGGGGCUCUCAGGCAAAGAUAUGGGAGUAGGAAUAACAGUUCUUUACUAGGAAAAUUAAAAAUACAAAUGCAAUAGUACAAACAAAAACAAACCACUGCCAGAGUCAGAGCAGGCCCUGGCAGCCUGUGGGUCAGGGUGGUGGCAGCAGUCCCAUUCCAUGGUGGCUCAGCCCUCCUGCAGUGCCAGCCGUGCUUCUGCUGGAGCAGGGAUCCUGGACAAGGCUGGAGUUUUCCUCUGAAGCUCCAGGGCUGCUGGAGAUGGGCCUGGGCUUCCUCUGGGAAUGCAGUGGGGAUGAAAGCUGCUCCUCUGGGAAUGCAGUGGGCAAAGGCUGCUGUGGGAUUCCAAGGUCAGAUUGGAUCCAGGUAGGAAUGCUUGGCUCCUCCCCCUGGGCGGAGCAUCUCCCAAUGGGAUGAUGGAGUUUUCUCAGCCAGGCAGGGACACUCACUGGCCCAUGAACAGAAGAGAAUUAAUAAUUAAUGUCCCAUUAACAGAAGAUAUUUCCUGGAGGGAGGAUUGCUUGUGGAAGAGAUAAAGAAAACUGCCCAGUGAACAGCAGAGAACUGCCCCACAUCUAACAGAUGGCCAUAGAAUACACACAUAUCUUACAAUCCCGGACAGUAUCCAACCCCCAAACUGCUCUUCAUUCCUUCUCCCUGCUCCACAGGCUCGCUGGUGUUGGACAAACCAGAGCUGUCAGUCUCAGAGAGUUUCCUGGUGUGGGGCCUCUGCUGCUGUUUGUAUCAUCCACGCUGCAAAUGCAGACAUGAGGAAUGUGCUGCCCUCCUGUCACAGUGUGGCACAACUCCCUUUUUUAUUGGUGUGACAUGAGUAAUUCCAGGGUUGGCUCUCACAAUUGAAAGGCAAAUAUAAUGUAUAUGUGUUAAGAGAAGUUUUAUAGAUUUAUAGUUGUGUUUUACCCUCCUUGUGCUGUUAUCAGGGGUGCCCUGGGUUUGGGACAUUUGGGAGUGUCGGCUCAUUACUAUGGCAACACCUGACCUCCAGUCAAGAUUUAAGGAAGUGAUCUCCACCACUGGACAGGGAAGGAGGAGUCGAUGGACAGAACUUUGGGAGGGGCUAAAGGGUUAAAAGGUGAAACCUCCAUUGUGUGGGUGAGCACAUGAUGGGAAAAUCCUUUGCUCCCUGUGCCCUAAUAUUUUCUCCAUUCAGUCUUGUGUUGUAUUUUUGAUAAGGUUUUAAUUAACCUUGUAAAUGUUUUGAAAGUGAGUAUGAUUUUUCACAUUGGGGAGAAAUUUAAAAAAUUAAGACAUAAAAAGCUUUGCUCAACCUCA